AUGCCACUUGGCCUAGAGGACCUGCGGAGCAGCCUCGCAGCCAGUAUCCGCCGGCUCGGAUCAAUAAUCCGCCCAUCUGCCCCUAUCACGCAUCCAAGCCAGAGCCAGGACCCUGACACCGGUCCUUGGUGUCAUAAAAAUCCAACAAGUCACGCCUCCCUCACCAUCUGUGAACACCCCUCAAAAAUCAACCGAUACACCCUCCGCUACGGCUCCAUUCCAUCCGACCCACCUCAAAAAUUCACCUCCGCCGGAUUAAUCUCAAACUGA